AUGGCGCGAGUGAAGCAAGCGGUACCCAUUGAGCGCCAAACCUCAUCAGAGUACGUCGUCGCGGGUCAGCAUCAGACGGACCCCCAGAUUGUCCGCGAGCAGACGAAGGACGAGGUGGCGCUUCAGUUCGAUGGAGGAGCUGCGGGUAGCAAGCCGGCGACGACGCGGCCGCCGGCAGCGAAGGGGGACGCGGGCGUGACUCAACUAGUCGUCGCCGUCGCCGGGAUUUAUGGGUCCUUCCUCACGUGGGCGUACCUGCAGGAGAAGCUCACGACAACGCCACACGGCCCUGCGGGUGCAACCGAAGUCUUCAAGUACCCGGUGUUCCUGAACACAAUCCAGUCCUUGUUCGCGGCGACGACGGGAUUCCUGUACCUGUACGCGAGCGCGCCGCGCGGGGCCGCGGUGCCCCCCGUGAUCCCGUCGCGCGGCAUCCUCGGCCCGCUGCUGCUUGUCGCGCUCACGAGCUCGCUCGCCUCGCCCUUCGGCUACGCGAGCCUCGCACACAUCGACUACAUCACCUUCCUCCUCGCCAAGAGCUGCAAGCUCCUGCCCGUCAUGCUGCUGCACGUCGCCGUCUUCCGCCGCCGCUACCCGCUCUACAAGUACCUCGUCGUCGCGGCCGUGACGGCCGGCGUCGCCGUCUUCACGCUGCACUCGGGCGCGGCCGGCAAGAAGGGCAGGAGAGGCGGCCCUGCCGGCAACAGCGCCUGGGGCCUGCUGCUGCUGGGCAUCAACCUGCUGUUCGACGGCCUCACCAACAGCACCCAGGACUACAUCUUCGGCACCUUUCAGCCCUACUCCGGUCCCCAGAUGAUGUGCGCCAAUAACCUCAUGAGCACCGCCGUGACGGCGGCCUACCUCGUGCUGAGUCCCUGGCUCGCGCGCACCGGCGUCGGCGAGUGGUUCGGUAUGGGUGUCGACGUUGCAGGGAGUGCUGGCGAGCUCGAGGCCGCACUCGCCUUUAUGCGCAGACACCCCGCCGUAUGGGCCGACGUGCUGGGGUUCUCGGCGUGCGGCGCCGUCGGGCAGGUUUUCAUCUUUUACACUCUGUCCACCUUCUCCUCGGUGCUACUCGUGACGGUUACGGUGACUCGCAAGAUGUUUACCAUGAUCCUAUCGGUGGUCGCGUUCGGCCACCGCCUCAGUCGCAUGCAGGUGCUCGGCGUGGGCCUCGUGUUCGGCGGCAUCGGCGUAGAGGCGGCGAUCGCGCGCCGCGAGAAGAUAGCCAAGGAGGAGGCGAAGCAGCGAGCGAGGAGGGAGGCGGAGAAGAAGGGACAGUAA